UCCGGUUUUGUCCGUCUCUCUCUCUCUCUCUCUCUCUCUCUAAAAUUUUGAAUUUCUCUCUUUUUAUUUUUAUAUUUGUAUGUAAUCGAUCGAUUCUUCUGUGAAUUUUCGGAAUAAUUGAAGUUUCAAAAUCGAUUUUUCUUUUGAAAAAUUUCUAGGGUUCCUGAAAGACCGGAGCUUUUUUUCCUCCUUCAUUAAAUUUUGGGUUUUUUUGUUUUUCGUUUUGCGCGAAUGGAAUGUGCAGGAUCGUGAGUUAGGGUUUUCUUUUUGUUUGGGAGGCUUUGGGUUUUUGAACUCUGUGUGCAUGAGGAUUUGGUGCUGUUUAUACUUUAUCGACGACGAAGAAGAAGAUAAUCAACACGAAGGAACCAUGAAGGAAGGUUUUUUGGCAAAUGUCGACGACUUUAAGGGCAAUAUUGUAAAUGGCGACGAGGACCACGAGGAGGAAGAAGAAGCUUUCGCCAUUGUCACUGCCACCGCCGCCGCAGCUCAAUUCGCCUUACCCCUAAACAGGCAAAGGCAGAGAGACGAGACGUUGCUGUUGUUUGAAGAAAUGGUCGCCGCCAUGAGAUGCGGGGGGAAUUGGGACGAUGCCGAGUGGCACCCUUCGGUUCGCUGCACGCGUCCUUCCGAGGGUGAGACUAGCGCCUCUGCUUCAACUGCCGUUGAAGAUUGUGACCACCACGAUUCGCACCAUAAGCGAGCCAAAGUCUACUUCGGUUCUCGUAAGAGCACUUCUUCCUCCUCCGCGGAGAGAGAUUAUAAUAUUAACCAAGGCUCAUCAAUUUCGUCUAAUAGUGGGAUAUUUUAUCAUAAUUUCAUGUUGAGUAAUGGGAGUGAUGGGCAUCCUUUUGAUGCUAAUGGUGGGAACGAUGAGGAAGAUGAGGGUGGUUUGAGAACGGAAGAUUUUGAAAUUCGAAUGGAUCUGACAGAUGACUUAUUGCAUAUGGUCUUCUCAUUCUUGGACCAUCAUAAUCUUUGUCAUGCUGCUAUGGUCUGUAAGCAGUGGCGGGCAGCUAGUGCUCAUGAAGAUUUUUGGAGGUGUUUGAAUUUUGAAAACCGGAAUAUAUAUCUUGAACAAUUUGAGGACAUGUGUCAACGAUAUCCAAAUGCCACUGAAGUGAAUCUCAGUGGCACUCCUAAUAUUCACCUGCUCGCUAUGAAAGCUGUCUCUUCAUUGCGAAAUCUGGAGGCUUUAACAUUGGGAAACGGCCAACUAGGGGAUGCUUUUUUCCAUGCGUUGGUAGAGUGUAGUAUGUUAAGGAGGUUGGAUGUGAAUAAUGCUAUUCUUGGCAAUGGUGUUCAAGAGAUACCUAUUAACCAUGAUCGAUUGCGUGAUCUGAAAGUGACAAAAUGCCGUCUGAUGCGCAUAUCUGUCAGGUGCCCACAACUAAAAAGUUUGUCUUUGAAACGUAGUAAUAUGGCACAGGUGGCCCUUAAUUGUCCUCUUUUACAUCUGCUUGAUAUAAGCUCAUGCCACAAACUUACAGAUGCAGCAAUUCGUUCGGCAGUGACUUCUUGCCCCCAAUUAGAGUCUUUAGACAUGUCAAAUUGUUCUUGUGUUAGUGAUGAAACAUUGCGUGAAAUAGCUCUCACUUGUGCUAAUCUUCAUGUUCUGAAUUCUUCAUAUUGUCCUAACAUAUCACUUGAGUCUGUAAGAUUGCCAACGUUAACAGUUCUUAAGCUCGACAACUGCGAGGGUAUCACUUCGGUGUCAAUGGCUGCAAUAUCUCAUAGUUAUAUGUUGGAGGAGUUGGAGCUUGAUAAUUGCGACAUGUUGACAUCAGUGUCAUUAGAUCUUCCUCAUUUGCAGAAAAUCCGACUGGUUCAUUGUCGAAAAUUUGCUGACUUGAAUCUUCAAUGUUUCAUGCUAUCAUCUAUAACGGUGUCCAAUUGCGCUGCACUACAUCACAUUAACAUCAAUUCAAAUUCACUUCAAAAAUUAGCAUUGCAGAAGCAGGAAAAUUUGACAAUGUUGGCACUGCAAUGUCAAUGUUUGCAAGAAGUGGACCUUACAGAUUGUGCAUCUUUGACAAAUUCUAUUUGCAAUGUCUUUAGUGAUGGUGGUGGUUGCCCAAUGCUAAAAUCAUUGGUUUUGGAUAACUGUGAGAGCUUGACAAUAGUGCAGUUCUCCAGUACAUCUUUAGUCAGUCUUUCUCUGGUUGGUUGUCGUGCUAUUACUAUUCUGGAUCUUGCAUGUCCUUGUCUUGAGAAAAUUUGCUUAGAUGGUUGUGAUCAUCUGGAAAGAGCAUCAUUUUGUCCUGCUGCUCUUAGGUCACUCAAUCUUGGAAUAUGCCCCAAAUUGAACACACUCAGAAUUGAUGCUCCAUAUAUGGUGUCACUUGAGUUGAAAGGAUGUGGUGUCUUAUCUGAAGCAUCCAUAAAUUGUCCUCUAUUGACGUCUCUGGAUACUUCCUUUUGCAGCCAACUUAAGGAUGAUUGCUUAUCUGCAACCACUGCUUCCUGCUCUCUGAUCGAGUCAUUAAUAUUGAUGUCAUGCCCAUCUAUUGGUUCUGAGGGUCUUUACACUUUGCGAUGGCUUCCAAAUUUAACAACACUAGAUUUGUCAUAUACCUUUUUGACGAAUUUGCAGCCAGUUUUUGAGUCUUGUUUGCAGCUGAAGGUGUUAAAAUUACAAGCAUGCAAAUAUCUGGCUGACUCAUCAUUGGAGCCUCUUUACAAGGGAGGUGCUUUACGAGAACUCCGAGAUUUGGACUUGUCAUAUGGUACCCUCUGCCAGUCUGCCAUAGAGGAGCUUCUUGCUUAUUGCACACAUCUUACCCACUUGAGCUUGAAUGGAUGUAUAAAUAUGCAUGACCUGAAUUGGAGUUCUACUGGUGGUCUACUUUUUGAGUUGCUUAGUGCACAUAAUGGAUCUAGCAUGUUUUCUUUUGAGAAUAUCAAUGAGCCAGUUGAGCAAGCCAAUCGAUUACUGCAGAACCUCAACUGUGUAGGUUGUCCAAAUAUUAGGAAAGUACUCAUCCCACCAACAGCACGUUGUUUCCAUUUAUCGUCCCUAAAUCUUUCUUUGUCAGGCAAUUUAAAGGAAGUUGAUCUUGUUUGUUUCAAUUUGUCCUUUCUUAAUCUAAGCAAUUGUUGCUCUUUGGAAGUUUUGAAGCUUGGGUGUCCUAGACUGACUAGUCUCUUUCUUCAGAGUCUGUGUGAAACCUGCCUUCUUACUAGGUUUUUUGGACGGAUGUAAAGUUAUCUAUUUUGUUGAUUCAGACUGUGUCACUUCUUCUAUAGAGUAUUUCCUUUCUGGCCCCAAAUCUUUAAAUUUCCUGUUUUCUUCGUGCCAAGUCAUUUUGAUUUUCAUUUUGUCUCACACAAACAUGUAAAUAUGUAUGUCUCCAUUAAUGUAGUUAGUGUGAGGCCGUGAGUUUCUUAGCUGAUGCUGCUUUCUAUUUUCUUUU